GUCGCAAGCGUGGCUACGGCGGCGCAUGGGGUCGUGAAGCCCAGCGUCGAGAUACCUACUCAGUGUGCGGUGCCUGUGGGCACUGGGAGUUCGACAAGUAUGGCAACUGGAGUUGCAGUAAGUGCGGCGGCUGCUAUCUUGACGUCGGAGAGCCUGCUGCUAAGGACGCUGGUGGCCGUGAUGCUGCUGGCGAUCUCGAGUGGCUGGCGGCCAAGUACCCGCACUUGGCAGGGGCGCUCGGGGAGCUUGGCGCGGCGGCCGCGGCGGAGCCGCGCGCGCCACCUGCUCCCCCGCCUGAACCUGCCACUGAGAACGAGAUGGAGAAGCUCGUGGCUGCGAAGCGUACUGCCCUGGCGAAGGAGGUCGAGGUGCAGUCGCGAGCUGAACGAAUUGCUCAGGGCGACGUGGAAGCUCGGCUGGCGGCUGUGGUUCGCCAUCGGGAAGCUCUUCAUGCUGCUGAGACGCAACAUCGUGAGGCGCUGCAGGUGCUGCAAGCCAAACAGGUCCUGCUGCGUGAGGCUACGUUGGCGAAGGAUGGCUUCGUGGAGGCGAGGCCGCUCGCGCUCUGUACGAAGCGCAGGCGGCUAUGGCGGCUGGCGCGGCGCGUGGCGCUGGUGCUGCUGGCGGCGCUGGGGUUGCUCCUGGCGGUGGCGCUGGCGGCGCGGCGGGCGCUCCUCCUGUCGCAGGCGGCGGCGGUCGAGGAGGCGCUGCGCCUGCUGCCCCCGUGGGCGCCCGUGCCGCUGGCGUGGAUGGCGGCGUGGCGGCUGGCGCGGGAGCUCCAGCGGAUCUACGUCAGCGCGGUCAAGGAGGACGACGCCGAUUCCGAGAUGGCUUCAGAGUAUGGUGAUGCUCAGCGUGAUGAGUUGGAGUCUCUGCGCAAGCGGGCACGUGAAGGGCCCCUCGAAGCUACACAGCAGGAUCGCAUGGAGAAGCUCUUGGUCAAGUCCGCCAAUUGCAAAGCGGUCAAGCGGCUGCGAACUAUCCGCGAGGACACGGCCUCGAGUUUUGGCAGAGUGCUUCAGCAG